GAAGAAGAUCACACUGAGGAACAUCAGCCAUCAAUGAGUAACGUAAAUCAUGUGAAUGUUACCACAACAUCUCGACAUACCACAAACUUACCUGUGGUGUGAUAACGAGGUAGCAUUACAAUGGAUCAGGAAUAAUAAUUCCAAACUUCCAUAAUUAUGUCAUGAACAGAGUAAAUGAAAUCUGUGAAUUACAGCGAAAGUAUAACUUCAGACAUGUGGAGACUAAAGCUAACCCAACAGAUUUGCUGAGUCGAGGUGUGUCACUACAGGAGCUAGUAAAGCGGACACUAUGGUUUCGAGGCCCCGAGUGGCUCACCAACGAAACCCAAUGGCCCAAUGGCCGCAACAAAAGCCAUCUGAGUAAAGAAGUCAGUGUAACUCAAGCAGAUGUUGAGUCAGUCGCUUCUGAGACAUAACUAAAUUUUCAUCGCUGCGAAAAUUGAUCAGAGUCACGGAGUUUGACACAAGGAUUGGUGGCCUGACCUUCACCGAGCAGUUCCUCAGCAUCAGCACGGCGCUGCCCAGCAAGAAUGCGUACGGCCUCAGGGAGAACGCACACGACUCCUUCCGACACGUGAUGGACGGCUCAGUGUGGCGGCUCUUCUCCCGAGACGAGGGACCCGUGCCACAGGCCGGAAAGCAAGUGAACCUGUAUGGGUGCAUCCGUUCUACCAGUGUGUGGAGAACGACGGGCGAGCCCACGGCGUGCUGCUCCUCAACAGCAACGCCAUGGUUCCUGCGUGUGAGAAGCAUCAGGUUAGUGAGGGUGCUCCAUUACCCUUGUUACGUCUUGGCCGGUGUUCUGAAAGGCGUCACUCUCACCACAGCUGUUUGCAAGGCUUCUCACAUCAGCAACCGGGUCCGCUAGAGGGAUUUUCCUGUGUUAGAGUGAAAACACCCUCAGCAAAUCGUGUAAGUGAUAGACAAGCAUUCACAAACGAGUGGUGAGAUAAGUAAG